UCUUUCCGAGGGGCGGAGAAGACGCAGGGACGAAAGAGAGAAGCGAAGAGAGAAGGCGAGAGAAGGCGAUGGAUUCGGACUAUGGCGUUCCCCGAGAGCUAUCGGAUCUCCAGAAGCAAAGGGCUCUCUACCAGCCGGAGCUCCCUCCUUGCCUUCAGGGCACCACAGUGAGGGUAGAGUUUGGGGAUGCAACAACAGCUGGAGAUCCAGCUAGUGCGCAUGUGAUCGGUCAAAACUUUCCCCACACAUAUGGGCAACCUUUGGCUCAUUUUCUGAGGGCGACAGCCAAAGUUCCUGAUGCACAGAUCAUAACAGAGCAUCCAGCUAUCAGGGUGGGUGUUGUAUUUUCUGGGAGACAAUCACCAGGAGGGCAUAAUGUUAUUUGGGGGCUUUACGAUGCUAUCAAGGCUCACAAUCCCAACAGUACAUUGCUUGGAUUUGUUGGCGGUACUGAAGGUUUAUUUGCACAGAAAACUUUGAAAAUAACAGAUGAUAUCCUUUCCACAUAUAAAAACCAAGGUGGUUAUGAUUUGCUUGGCCGGACAAAAGAUCAAAUUAGAACAACCGAACAAGUCAAUGCCGCAAUGACUGCAUGCCAGGCACUGAAGUUGGAUGGUCUUGUCAUCAUCGGAGGAGUUACGUCCAAUACGGAUGCUGCACAGCUUGCAGAGACUUUUGCUGAGUCAAAAUGUCCAACAAAGGUAGUAGGUGUUCCUGUAACUUUGAAUGGGGAUCUUAAGAAUCAGUUUGUGGAGACAAAUGUUGGAUUUGAUACAAUAUGCAAGGUUAAUUCACAGCUCAUCAGCAAUGUCUGCACAGAUGCCCUCUCAGCUGAAAAGUAUUAUUAUUUUAUUCGGCUUAUGGGUCGCAAGGCAUCUCAUGUGGCCUUGGAAUGUACUCUUCAGUCACAUCCAAAUAUGGUUAUCCUAGGCGAGGAGGUUGCUGCGUCAAAACUCACUAUUUUUGACAUUACAAAACAGAUCUGUGAUGCAGUACAAGCCAGAGCAGAGAAAGACAAGUCUCAUGGUGUAAUUCUUAUACCUGAGGGGCUUGUAGAAAGCAUACCAGAACUGUAUGCCUUGCUCCAGGAAAUCCAUGGUCUCCAUCUUCAGGGUGUGUCUGCUGAGAAUAUUUCUUCACAACUUUCACCGUGGGCAUCUGCACUGUUUGAAUUUUUGCCAGCAUUUUUAAGGAGACAGCUGCUUCUCCAUCCAGAAUCUGAUGACUCUGCACAGUUAUCCCAGAUUGAGACAGAGAAACUUCUAGCUCAGUUGGUGGAGAAAGAAAUGAACAAGCGGCUGAAAGAAGGCACAUAUAAAGGAAAGAAAUUUAAUGCCAUCUGCCACUUUUUUGGCUACCAAGCUCGGGGAUCCUUACCUUCUAAAUUUGACUGUGACUAUGCUUAUGUUCUUGGGCAUGUCUGCUAUCAUAUACUAGCAGCUGGUUUGAAUGGUUACAUGGCUACUAUUACAAAUCUGAAAAAUCCUGUGAAUAAAUGGAAGUGUGGUGCUGCUCCAAUUACGGCAAUGAUGACUGUGAAGCGAUGGUCACGUGGUCCUGCAGCCUCCAUGAUUGGAAAACCUGCUGUUCAUCCUGCCACUGUAGACUUGAAAGGAAAAGCAUUCGAGUUGUUGAGACACAAUGCUUCCAGCUUUUUGAUGGAUGACAUAUACAGAAACCUUGGACCUCUUCAGUUUGAUGGACCUGGUGCUGAUGCUAAGGCCAUUACAUUAUGUGUUGAAGAUCAAGAUUACAUGGGCCGGAUUAAAUUGCUUCAGGAAUAUCUGGAUAAGGUGAAAAGCAUUGUGAAGCCUGGUUGUUCACAGGAUGUCCUGAAAGCAGCUUUGAGCUCUAUGGCUUCUGUGACGGACGUGUUGUCUGUGAUGGCUUCUCCCACAUUUAGCAGCCAGCCACCUCAGUUGCACAACUAACCAUCUUCAAUAGUGUACCCAUUAGCAAUGUCUAUGCUCCAUUUAUUUGGUUUUCUUGUUCCUCCGUCUGUCUUUUUCUACUGUCGAGUGUUUGCAGGAGGUAAGAACUUUCACAUGAUUAUCUGUCUCUUUCGGUUGGCAUGCAUUUUUGGUGAUGGUUAGUGACUACCACACGUUCAUUGCUGUACUUUGAAAUUGAGAAUAAUACGAUUCUGUUUUAUGACAAAGUUCUUUCCUACAUCAAAUAAUGAUGAUUUUAGCUAUUUCUGAAA